UUGACAAAUUUGGGCACUCAUCGCAAUCAACAUUCGAGUUCUAACGCUGUCACUCAUACUACUGCUCCAGCUCCCACAGGUGCUUCUUCUGCCUCUCGUGCAAGCGCUGCUCGUCCUAGCACAGGCGCUCGUUCUAAGCUAUCUUCUGUAGAAGCAAGGACUUGUGCUGAUGUUUCUUCAGUUUCGGAUUCUGCUCAGGCUAAGAAAUCGGCGUCCUCUAUCAGUCAUCGAACGGCAUCUGGGCUAGCUAGCAAACCUUCGGCUGUGUCAUCUGCCUCUACCCAAGGAUCUACUGCGUUCAAACAAUCCUUUAAAACGGGAAAUUCUGUAGGGACUUCCAAGAUGACUCCAGCCUCUAGCUCAUCAGUGUCAGUUAAAGUCUCCGCUACUUCUGUUGAGGAUACUCAAGCUGUUUCUUUGGCCACAAUUAAUGCUAUCCCUACGGAGUCGAAUCUUAUCGUAACCUCGGCUCCACAUACUCCCACCACCUCACCUGCAUCGCCACCUGAAGAACCGCUUGCCUUAGAUGAUGCUAAUCUCAUUACUUUCGUGCAACCAGACUGCAGUUUUUCUACAGAGCCCAACUUCGAAAUUCAUGAGCCCGGUAUCGGCACUGCUGUUGAUGAUUUACUUGGAGGUAUGUCAUGCUUGUCGACAGAUCCUGCUACAUCGGAUUUUCCAUUGCCGAGCAUAGGAAAUCUAUUGAACGGCUCUUCAGCUCUAGUCGGAAAUGAGGUAUUCAAAGCAUAUGCAUAUUAUUCGGAAAUAUGA